UUCCCCUUUACGUCACCGUUUCACUCUUCCGGAUUAUUCAACUCAAUCUAUUUCCCUGUAAACCCUAAUUGCAACACUUUUAUCACCGUUACCUUCUCCACUUCAAUUUCAUCAUUCUUUGACCCACCAUAUCCAUCUACACUUCAAUUAAUUUCCUCUUUUAAUCUUUGACUUUUUUUAAUAAUUUCAUUCCUUUUUUCGCAAGUGGGGUUAAUUAACCCUAAUUACUCACAUUUAGGGGUUUCCUUUUAUAACGUGGUUUUUCCGUGUUUUUUGAUUAAAUAACAAAUUUUAAUCAAAUGGGUUUCAUAAAGUUUCAAACUUUAUAUAAAUUAAUCACUACUCAUUAAAUUUCACUUCUUGGGUCUUCUUCAGUUUUUGUUAUGAUGGAUAUUACAGAAGUUUCAAUCUUGCAUCAUGUUGGAAUUGUUUUGAUUUCUCUAUGGUUGCUAUCUACAUUCGAUCGUUGUCAUGCUGCUUUUUAUUUUGUGGCUUUGAUCUAUCUUUAUCUGGUUCAUGAACGUUAUGUUACAAGGCUAAGGAAGAAGUUGCAGUUUGAAGAGAGGAAACAGUCUAAUCAAAGAAGGGUGCUUUCUGAUUCUGAAACAGUUCGGUGGUUGAACCAUGCUGUUGAAAACAUAUGGCCUAUAUGUAUGGAACAGAUUGCAUCUCAGAAGAUUUUACUCCCUAUCAUACCUUGGUUCUUAGAGAAGUACAAACCUUGGACUGCUAAAGAAGCUUCUGUUCAGCACCUAUAUUUGGGGAGAAACCCACCUUUGAUUACUGAUAUCAGGGUACUUCGCCAGUGUGAUGAUGACCACUUGGUUCUUGAGUUAGGAAUGAAUUUUCUCACGGGUGAUGAUAUGAGUGCAAUACUUGCUGUGAAACUAAGAAAAAGAUUGGGCUUUGGAAUGUCAGCAAAGCUGCAUAUAACAGGAAUGCAUGUGGAAGGGAAGGUCUUGGUAGGGGUGAAGUUUCUCAAGGAAUGGCCUUUUCUUGGUCGCAUACGUGUAUGCUUUGUGGAGCCUCCAUAUUUUCAGAUGACUGUCAAACCUAUUUUUACACACGGGCUUGAUGUGACAGAACUUCCAGGAAUUGCUGGCUGGCUUGAUAAGCUUCUGUCCAUUGCUUUUGAACAGACCCUUGUUGAGCCCAAUAUGCUGGUUGUUGAUGUUGAGAAAUUUGUAUCACCAGACCAAGAGCCUUGGUUUAAAGUGGAUGAGAAGGAACCUGUUGCUUAUGCAAAAAUAGAAAUUGUUGAGGCAGCUGAAAUGAAGCCAUCAGAUCUAAAUGGAUUAGCCGAUCCUUAUUUGAAAGGUCAGUUGGGAGGAUACAGAUUCAGGACAAAGGUACAAAAGAAAACACUUUCUCCAAAAUGGCAAGAGGAAUUUAGAAUUCCCAUCAUAACAUGGGAUUGUAACAAUGUGCUGGCUAUUGAAGUUCGUGACAAGGACCAUUUCUAUGAUGACAUCCUUGGGGAAUGUUCUGUGAACAUCAAUGAUUUUCGGGACGGGCAAAAAUAUGAUAAGUGGCUGCCACUAGAGAAAGUAAAAAUGGGGAGGUUGCACUUGCGAAUAACAGUUCUUGAUGAUAAAGAAAAGGAAGCUGAUACUACAUGUGACCAAGAGACAAUAGACAUUGAAGAAAGAAAAGAUUCUUUUGCAAAUGAGACCACCAACAAAGGUUCCUUCUCAUCCAUUUCAUCUGGAAAAUCUCCAAGAUUGGCAGAUAACUAUGAGCCAAUAAAAAUUGAAGGCCAAGAGAAGACAGGUGUUUGGGUACAUCAGCCAGGAAGCGAAGUUCCCCAAAUGUGGGAGCCAAGAAAAGGCAAGAGUCGACGCCUCGACACAGAAAUUCAGAGGGAACCUAACGAUAUAUCUGGCUGUAAUUCAACUGUAUCUGGUUCCUUGAACAAUGACAGCAGCAGUCCUGAUGACAAUGCUGAAGAUAAACAUCGAAUGAAAACUGUCAGGAAAGGCCUGCACAAAAUCAGUUCUGUAUUUCGUAGGAGUCGGAAAAUGGACGAUAAUUCAGGUCCUAUUGCGCAGGACUUUCCAUCUCCACGUGAUAACAUUAGGUCAGUAAAUGCUUCUAAAGGGGUCGGCGUGAAGUUUGUUAUGGAUGAUAACAUUGCUGGCUUUCCGACUGGUAAGAUUCAGGUAGAAGGUGGAUCAACGGAAGGGAGUGGUCCUGAUAGCCCAGCAAAGAGAGACGUCAAGGACAUGGCAAAGAAUAUUUUCAAACAUGCAGAAAAAUCGGCUCGCAGCUUAAAACAUGUUCUUUCUGGUAAAUCAAGGAAAUCAAAAGGUGAUUCAGCGGCAACAUUUUGUGAAGGAGAAAAUGAAUCUGACUCAUCUAGUGGUGAAUCUCUUUCAGUUCAGUCCCCAAAAGAUGCAAGAACUAAAGUUGUUUCACAGGCCAUUGCUCCAUGUAACAUUGGCUCCCCCAAAUCCGAUGUGAAUGAGGUUCGCAAUGUUCGUUCCCCCAAACCCGAUGUGGAUGUGGUUCACAAUGUGCCAUCCAACACCACUGUGGUCAACAAGGAGCCUCAAAAGGCAUUCUCCCCUGAAAGGUCUAGUGAAAAAAUUGGUAUGUCUGGCGAACAUGAUAAAGAAGAAAUGUUGGCAGAUAAACGGGUUGUCAGCAGUAUAGCAGAGUGAAGAAUGUGUUUGCAAGUGAACAGUAGCAUUCUACAGCGCUAUGAAGCACUGACAGAUAUCAAACACAGCUCCCGACAUAUAAACACCUGUAAUAAUUUGAGAAAAUGGAAAUGAUUGAAUGUAGCUACAUGCAUCAGUGUCGGUAUCGGAUAUAGUACAACUUUCAAAUAUGAAUUGUCGGUGCUACAUUGUUAUAUAGUAGUGUACAGUUUUUCAAGUUGAUGUUUUUGUUCUAUGUUAUGUUAUAGUUUGGUUACAUACUUUUUGGUGUAAAGUAGUGAUAGGUCUUGUUUUCCUAAACAAGUUUAUGCCACUAAGUGCUGUUGGUGUUGUACUUUCUCAGCUCAGAGGUUUGUACUUUGUGCAUGUAAAUACUUUUUUACGUAUACAAAAGUGAGAAGAAUAUUUUUUUGUUUU